GUCAACACUGAUGUUGCUAUCUUUGAUGAUGAUGAUGAUGAUGAUGAUGAUGAUGAUUUAUGCCUUAUUUGUCUCCCUCUUGCAGCGGCUCCCAUUGCCCUGGGUUGGGGAAAAAAGGAGACUCAGUUUCACGGUUCUUUGGGUAAACAGGCCGCUUUAGCAAAUCCUGAGGUUUCCACCUCUGUGGUCAGUGUUCACGAUGACGGACGAUACGAAGUCUGUUGGCGUGAUGACGGAAAGUACUUCGUCAUCUCCUACCCCGAUGCGACUCUAGGGAAUCAGAGACGUAUUCGGAUUUAUGCCGAGUCGGGCGAACUGUUUUCCACUUCAAAUGCAGUCAGCAAUGCUGAACCUGGUCUGUGUUGGCGCCCCAGAGUUCAACUGAUCACCACGAUACAAAGGCGACCGGGUCGUGGUCUGGAUGUGAUUUUUUUCGAGACCAAUGCUGAACGACACGGGGAAUUCGAGUUGCUCAAUGCUUCACAAGAGUCAUUGUUUUGUGUGAAGCAGAUCAGCUUCGACGAACAAGGUUAUAUUUUGGCGGCUCUGUGCACUAUACUUCAGCCCGGUGGUCAAUCGGCUUUCAGCCUAGAGCUGCGUUCAUCGUUCACUGCACUUUAUAGUUCUCCAUCAGUAAAACUGGAGCCGUCCUCCUUUCCCUUUCUUUUGACCUUUUUAUCCAUGGGAUGCCUACUCUGUAUUGUCUCCCAAUAUUUCCUCCUCCUUAAUCGGUCCUCACCUCAUCUCACAGUUCGCCUGAUCACCUGCUCAAAUUAUCAAUGGUCCAUCAAACGAGAACUGCAUUUUGGUCAAUUGGUUCUAGGUGCUGACCCCCAUCUGCCUGUGACAUUUACCUGGGGCAGCGUCGCCUCUCACAAUGGCUUAUUUACUCUUUACGUCGCCGCACCAGCCGUCAGUGUUCCUUCUGAAAGUGAUAGUUCAACAAAAGGUCUGCUUGGGACAAUGGUGCGCUCUUGGGGUUUUUGUCCGAUGUACGAUCGAGAAUACUGUCUUGCGGGACAACCAUGUAGCCGCGUAGCUUCCACUAACCCUGUUUCGGGGAUCGUGUGUGUUGUGGAUAACGACUGUGUCAAGGUGACACCCAUGGCACAUUCGAUCAUCCCUCCGCCAAUGUGUUCCACAAAAAUGGUCCUCAAAAGCCGCUCGCUCACAGGUGAAUAUCAGCCGAAUCGUAUCACUUCUAUUUCAUUCCCUGGAUCUUGGAUUACCCGAUCUCCGGAUUCAGUGCAUUCCCCUAUGAUUGUUCAGUUUGAAUCGCAUUCAAAAGAACUUUUCACUCGUUUGCACCUUAUUGAUCUGGAGCUCGGUGCAUGCAACCACAGAUGUCAAACUUUCGAGGACGGUGAAGAUGGUGUCGAUGUACAAUUGGUAACUGGUUCGCAGAACGUGGCUCCAUGGCCGAAACGGGUUCGUACGAUUGCGCGAGUUGACUUGCUGACCAAGUUGUUCAUUUUUUUGUUUGUCGAAAUUGCUAGCAUUUCGAAGAUAGUCAGUUCAAUGAGUCUCACCGAACAGCCUGUGCUUGAUGUACUCACACUGGCAAAUCAGUUACAGCCUUGUGGCGGGAAUGAACUAAAUCACCUCACUUGGGUUGAUCGUACACAUGUGGCUUUCAUCGCUUGUAAUGGCUUCUUGGUUGGCCUUUUGGAUCUUGAAGAUGCGACUUCGACUGGCACGAGGUGGCUCUUGUAUGCGGAAUCGUCUUCUAAAGGUUCAUCCCGCUUUUGCGGACUUUGUUGGGCUCCCAACGGAUAUUUAUGUGUACAGUUGAGCAGUGGACACGUUAUUGUGUACAUUUUCGAGGAAUUGUUACGUUCGAAAGUGUGCUCAGUUGUCUUGAACGUCUUACAGGACAAUCCAAAUAUAGGGUCUCUUUCAUCCGCUGGUUCGGCAAAAAUUCAUUGCGUCCUAAAAUUCCCGGUCAUCUGUGGUCAACUUACUAUCGCCAGUUUCACAACAGCCGACCGUCAACGUGGUGCGUUGUCUGCAGCACCUAAAGCUUCCUCCCUCGUACCGUACCGUUCAUUUCUCCUUGGGCUUCAUGAGUCCUCCCAUCGUUUGUACGGCGCGCCCAUCCCCACUGAUCAAACGGUAGAUCAAAAUGGAGAUCCAGCUGCGCACUCCAAAUCAGUCAGUUUGUUGAUGGACUUGUGCUCCUCUUUCAUGGUGCUACCGAACUUCUUACUCGUCACUAGUAUGCGAAAACUGCUUAUCUGCAUUCCAACACAGUUUGAUGCGGUCACAUUCGCCUCACCGGAAUCUUGUCAAAUAGAACUUAUUGCGCGGUUGACGAUUCCUACGGAACUAUACUCUACAGGACAAGGUGCCUCCAAAAACUGGUACAAUGACUAUCUACACCCAAUAGAAACGGGUGCUGUUUUAGUGACUGCAGUCCCUACCGGCACUGCCGUUGUACUUCAGAUGCCUCGUGGAAAUUUGGAACAGGUUCACCCUCGGGCGCUGGUGCUUACCCAUCUGGCAGACUUAUUGAACAGUGGCAACUACACAGAAGCCUUGUUACUCAUGCGCCGUCAUCGCGUAAAUAUGAACUUGUUGCAUGACCACAAUCCGUCGACCUUCAGGAAAAAUAUCGGAAUUCUGUUACAACAAGUCGAGGACCCAGAACUUCUUACUUUGUUCAUUUCGGACCUCCUAGAGGAAGAUGUUUCAGAGACAAUGUAUGGAACCUUCUAUGGAAUCGCAAGCGCUCAACUGUAUCGCGAUGCUUCCGUGAAACAAUCGUUGCCAUCACUCCGCCUCCGGUCACCAAAGGGCGACUCCAAACUGAAUGGGAUAUGCGAUCUGUUGUUGGCACACAUAACAAAGGACAAGCGUUUUCUGCUACCUACGUUGACCUGCUACGCGAAGAAAAAGCCAGCUGAAUUGGACACAGCUCUGUUACUGCUGAAGAAUUAUUACGAAGCCGGUGAUAAUUUUUCAUGGGAAAGCGGUAUUCGGCAUCUGCAGUAUUUUGGCACUCCAAACGAACUCUAUCGCGUUGCUCUGGGUACCUACGACUUGGAAUUAGCCCAAGUAAUGGCACAACGCACGCAACUCGAUCCGAAAGAAUACCUGGCUGAUCUCAAUUAUCUUCGAUCUAUCACCUCAUCUGACGGAGGACCUUGGGGCGAUACGCAGUCGGAAUACAGACUAGCUUAUCAACGCUUCAAAAUUGACGAUCAACUGAUGCGUUUUCCGACCGCUUUGAAACAUUUGAGAGCAUCGGGUCCACAGCAUUCAGGGAACCUCAUUUCCUAUGUGGAGAAACACAAGCUCUAUGAGAACGCACUGGAAUUGUUCAAUGAUAAUGACGCUGAAUUCAAAAUCAUCAGUCGUUCUUGGGCCAGUCACUUAUUGACCGGGCAGAAAUUGCUGUACGCCGGUCAAGUAUACUUGCGUGCUGGCCUAUACGCGUUAGCGGCGCGUGCAUUCCUUUCUGCAGUACAACCAUAUUUGUGGUCUAUAUCUGCAACUGAGGCUCAUCAUCAACAUGAAUCCGGCAGUAACCAGGAGGACAGUGAUGCGGUAAUGUCCGAGCAGGAUAUCCGUGAUCAGGCACUGAAAAUGACGGCUCGCCUGAAGGACUUGGGUCGCCACCAGGAAGCAAUUCAUCUGUGCGUAGACAUUUUGAAGAAUCCGGAUACAGCUAUUCUAACCGCACUGGAGGGUGGACUGUGGCUGGAGGCUCGCCGUUUGGCUUCCACCUACACUCGACCGGAAGUAUUGAAGAAAUGGCUGAAACCAAAGCUAAGCGAAUCAUCCUCAAUGCUUUUAGAACGCAUCGAGAAAUCUCAUGCUGAAUUCUCGGAGUUUUUCGAACGGUUGACUCAGUUGCGUCGUCGACAUGCGGACGAAGCUGAGUGCCGACGGAUCGCUCAGUUGCAUGGCAAUCUGGAUUCUGCAAUGGACUCGGCCACUGAAAGUGACAUGUUCUCCGAUACAAGCAGUCUUUCUGAUACCACUACGUCCGAAUCCUUCGGAGGCCUAAGUAUCCGAUCGAAUUCUACAAAAAUAUCCGGGCGCUCCGCAAAGAAUCGCCGAAAACAGGAAUCGCGAAAAUGGUCUUCUAAACCUGGAAGUAAAUAUGAGGAGGUUGGGCUUUUGAGAGAGUUGUCCAAAUCAGUAGAACUAGUUCAGCGGCUUGCGGCUGAAGUUCCCAUUUUGGCGACCGAGUUAUGGCGUGCCGACAUGUCUGUCGAUGGUCGUGCAUUGAUCCGAUCUAUCAACCAGCUUCUUGCGGAACAAAAAUUAGCCAUACCUAUCAUCUGGGAUGAUUGGAUAACUGAGAAGGAUCCUCAAUAUUAUCCAGUCCAACAGAAUGAAGGUCGAAAGCGAUAUCCGUUCAAAGGUAAUCAUUACUGGUCCGGUCAUAAUCCCCAAUUUGUUUUAGAGCCGUUCAUCAGCUUCCCCCCAGCGAUGAGCAAGACACAAGUGGAGUGUUGCCUAUUGGGCCUCGGCUGUUCGUGAUGAACAAAUUUUAUAAUGAUAUGUACAGUAUAUGAAGCAGUUAACUAAAUGACAAAUAUGCGAAUAAAUGUGAUAAAGUCUCAUAAUCUUGUUGGUAUGGUUCAUAUGGAAAGAAUACGUCAUUGUUCCACAGAUGUAAUGAGUGUAAGGAAGUAUUUCUCAGUCAUCCUGUUUUCUCCCGAAACGGAAUGUCAGGGAUGCAGCACAUAGUAGCAGAUUUUGCAGAAGUAUGGCAACACCAGGCCAUACGUUCGAGCUCCCAACGGCUACGUAAGCUCCAAAUAGGAUCCAACAUGAGGCAAUAACGCAGCUGAAGGAUACUAGGAAAGCAAAAAAGAGACAGAAGAAGGCUCCACGGCGGCCGAUUCGUCUUUCGCCGUAAUCGUCUUGUAACUACAGAAGCAGAAAUAAAGAUCGAAUUUCGCUUACUUUGUGCACAUAUGUAUGUGGUGGAUAUAAUGGGUAGGCUACCAGUAAUAAUAAUUACAGUGGUAAGCGAAACUCACAGGCGUUCAACAGGUCUGUUCCUAUUGAGUCAGUUUUAUUUAUACGUAUACUAGCUUAAACGGUGUGCAAAUUCAAGUUCAACUGAGACAUUUCAGCUCCGGGAAGGUGGUGGCAUUCUAUGGUGAUACCUGGACAACAUCGAGUUUUUUCCGUUGUAUUACUAGAUUCGUAUUCAAAGUUGUUUGGAGCUUCGUUACAUACACAUUGUCGGACAUCUUGAACGGUCAACCGUGGACGAAUCUAAGAAAGAAGGUCCUCGUUUAACCAUUGAAAGUCUUGAUGCAAUAUUAGAUAAGCUUAUCAAGUGAUCAGUAUCCUCCGGUGACGUCAGCCUUGAUUUGGAGGAGGUAGACGGUAGAAAACAUGGUACAUAGUGCUUCGGAGCAUCCGAUAAAAUACUGAAUUUCAGAACAAAAACGUAAUCGAAGGGAUUGCUCUAACCAUGAGGUUAUAAGCGUUCACCAGCCAUAACUUUGCUACUAGUUACAAUGACACUACGACGCCUGAUCUCAUCAAGCGAUACCCAAGUUCAAGAAGCAUUGGGCAGAACCUCGACUACGUAGAGGGUGGAUCAAGCCGAAAGUAUGUGUGGCGUCAAACAACCACCAGCCAAGAAUGGCGGUCUUCCUUGGCUGUAAAAUACUUCCAUGUCACUGGCUGUUCUAGAGGCGGUUGACCAUAGAGAAAUGCCUUCGAUGUUUGUGAACAGCAUCUGCUCCUUUUUGUACGUUACUGGUUAUGUUAGGGUUCCCAGUGAGCUAUCCAGAGGUUUCUCAACUGCUGGGGUUUCAUAUGUUUGCGCCCUCUGCGCGUACCUUCGAAGUGCACUGUCAUAUUAAGUAUUCUCAAACCCCUCGUAUCCUGUUGGGGCUUAUGGGAAGCUCCAAUUUAUCGCCAGAUCUACUUUUGUAGCUGCCUAAGUCACGACUGCAUUGUGGCAAGUGAGUUCAGAGCACACACCGCCGUAC